UUAACAACGGCAGCAGCCGCAGAAGCCCAUGGCCAUCGUGGACGCUUCUAAAAAUAAUUGUAAUUAUUGUCUGUUGCUAAUCUAAUAAGAGCACAGUGUGACAACGGCACACAAUGUCAGUUUCAACGUCGGUAAUUGCCGAUUUGUGCAUUUAUCUGCUGACCUGGAAUGUGGGCACUCACUCGCCGAAGGAUCUGUCACUGACAUCCAUGUUGGAGCUAAAUGGCACUACCAACUGUCCUCAGAACAAAAUACCCGAUAUUUAUGUGAUUGGCAUGCAGGAGGUGAGCACUAAGCAGGUACUGAACAUAUUUCAGGAUGAUCCCUGGGUGCUCAAAUUGGCCGCUGCAUUGAGCAGACACGAGUACGUAAAGGUGGAGUCGAAGCAGCUGCAGGGCAUCCUAAUUACCAUGUUCGCACAGCCCAAGCACAUACCCCACAUGAAGGACAUCGAGACGGAUGAGACGCGCACGGGCUGGGGUGGGGUAUGGGGCAAUAAAGGAGCCGUGAGCAUACGACUAAGUCUAUACGGCACUGGUGCCGUAUUUGUGUGUUCCCACUUGGCGGCACACGAUGCUAAAUUGAAGGAGCGCAUCGAAGAUUAUCACCAAAUUGUGGAUAAUCACAAGUAUCAUGUGAAAGGCUACCCACGCAUCUUUGAUCAUGACUUUGUAUUCUGGUUCGGCGAUCUGAACUUCCGCUUAUCGGGCGAUAUGUCUGCCUGGGAUGUACGCAACGCCGUGGAGAAUGGACGCUAUGAUGAGCUGCUGAAGUUGGACCAGCUGUCCCUGCUCCGUGAGUCGGGCAACGCAUUCAGCUUGCUGCAGGAGGAGCUACCCACAUUUGCGCCCACAUUCAAGUUCAUCGAAGGCAGCAAUGAAUACGACUUGAAGCGGCGUCCAGCUUGGUGUGACCGCAUACUACAUCGCGUGCAGGCGAACAGUUAUCCGUCUAUUACGCUGAGUGCCGAACAAUUGUCUUAUCAGUCGAAAAUGGAUUAUACGCUCUCCGACCACAAGCCCGUCGCCGCGACUUUUAGCUAUAAAAUCGAAUCACAUAAUUUGUCCUACACGGAUGAGGAGCUGCACGAGAUGACGCACGGGGUGGGCACCACAAUGUCGAACGUUAGUGUGUUUGGCCUUAUCUUAGUUAUAGUCGUUCAUUCUGUACUUCAAUUUUGAUUUGCCUCUUCUUUUCGCUUCUCUUGUAGCCAUUCAAAGCCGAACUAGAAAGUUUCCAGUGAUAAAACGAAUCAAGUGCUCCCGCCCAAAAGCAAGCAAAUAUAAUCUCAUAUCUCGCAUAUCAGAACUCACGUAGACAAGUUUUAAAUGAAAUACUCCAACCAUAACAGAAGUGCAAAUUAAAUAAUUGAGCAUUCAUAUUAAACUUUAUUAUAUAUGAAAGAAUCUCACUGUGACAAAUAUCAAGCUAAUCACUCGACUGUGUAACUCCAUAAAGCAAUUAUAUACAUCAAUUUAUACACACGUAUAGUUAAAUUUUGAA